GCCGUGAAUGUGGGUGGUUGAAUAAUGGUGGUUAGGGCGGACCAUGCCGCUGGAUGGACCCUGUAGUGCGUUCUAUGAGGAAGCUGGAGAGAGCUGAGCGCGAUGGCAUGGGUCCACAUGUCAGGGCUACUGAGGAGGGGUGCUACGCGGGGGAUAGCUUGUUGUUUGGCAAUAGUAUGGAGGUCUGGAAGCGCCCAUCCGUCUUGGCUACGUGGCCGUUGCAGGUGCGCGCGCUGAAGAUGGGCAGAGGGUCGUCCGACUUGGCACGCCGUGGUGCCUCUUCACCAGAAGCGGAAGAUGAGUUGCUCAAACUCAACUGUCCAGUAGGGGGAGGGCGAGAUGUAGGAGGCAAAUUUGGCCUGAACAAUGGCGCGGAGGACGAGCGCCCUGGCCGGUUUAUGGUGGGUCUUUCCACUGGCAUUUUGCAUGCGGGGGAUGGUUGA